UGUGUGUGUGUUUCUGUAGAGUGCCAAAAAAAGUGUUGAAGAGUCCUAGGGAGAUGAGGCUAUUUUUGUUUAAAGCUGAUACUUCUAGCUGAGCCACAAGUACUGCUUGGAAAGGGCUGAGGUUGUUUCCAGGGGGAGAACUCUGCAGAGAAGAGGCAAAGUUCAACAGGACCACGGAAAGCAGCUGAAAACAGCCAGGAAAAACAAGAGCCCUUGCAUUCGCCCUCUCCCAGAGUUCUCUAAUCCUCCGGAAUUCUGCAAAGCACCACUUGACUGGAACUUUUCACCUGAUUGAUUUCUGCCUCCACCAUGACUGAGAUCACCACAGAAGGAAAUGCAUCUACGACCACAACUGUGAUAGACAACAAAAAUGGGUCUCUGCCCAAAUCCCCUGGAAAGGUGCUGAAGAGGACUGUCACCGAAGACAUCGUGACCACCUUCAGCUCCCCUGCAGCCUGGCUUCUGGUCAUCGCUCUGAUAAUCACAUGGUCAGCUGUGGCAAUUGUCAUGUUUGACUUAGUGGAUUACAAAAACUUUUCAGCAAGCUCCAUUGCCAAGAUUGGUUCAGAUCCUCUAAAAUUCGUAAAUGAUGUUGUGGAGGAAACGACUGACUGGUUCUAUGGCUUCUUUGCUUUGCUGUCUGACAUCAUCUCAUCUGAAGGUGAUGAAGAAGACGAGGAUGCAGACGAGGACAUUGAUAAAGGAGAAAUAGAAGAACCUCCUUUAAAAAGAAAAGAAAUACACAAAGAAAAGACUGAAAAGCAAGAGAAACCUGAGAAUAAAAUGCAGACUAAAGUUUCACCCAGAGAAAAGGAAAAAGGAAAAGAAAAAAUGAAAGACGGAGAAAAACCUGAGAAGAAAGCAACCCACAAGGAGAAACUUGAGAAAAAAGAAAAAGCAGAGAGAAAGACAAGGGCAAAAGAGGACAAGAAAGUUAAGACUAAGGAAAAGACCGAAGAAAAGACGAAGAAGGAAAUGAAAGUUGGGAAACAAGAGAAAGGGAAGCCAGCAGCUGCCAAAGUAAAAGAAUCUCCUCCGAAAAUCCCACCAAAGGACAGGGAGAGGGAUGACAAAGAGACUCCAGCUGUGUCUGGGCAUGAACAGAAAGAUCAGUAUGCAUUCUGUCGAUAUAUGAUUGACAUGUUUGUCCAUGGGGAUUUAAAACCAGGACAAAGCCCGGCCUUCCCACCACCAGGACGGGUAGCACCAGUUUCUAGGCCUGCUCCGUCAAUGCCUGUUCCUGAAGAACAAGAAGACAAGAUGAAGGUAACAGAAAAGAAAGUUACUUCUGAAACAAAAAAGAAAGAGCCAGGAAAAUCUGAAGCCAAACAAACAACUACAAAAGUCACAGCACAAGCAGCAGCUAAAAAGGAUGAAAAGAAAGAAGAUUCCAAGAAAAUGAAAAAAACUCCAGAAGAACAAUCCAAGGGGAAAAAACAGGAAAAGAAAGAGAAGCCCAUAGAACCAGCAAAGUCACCAAAAUUGGAAUCUCCAGCUCCAAGUGAAAAACCUGGGAAAGCAAAAGCUGAACAAUCCAAAGAAGAGAUUGCCGCUACCUCAACCAAAAAGGCCAUGCACGGAAAGAAAGAAGAAAAAGCCAAGACAGUGGAGCAAGAAAUGAAAAAAGAAAAAUCUGGGAAGAGUUCUUCAGAUUUGAAAGACAAAGUAUCUGAAACUAAAAAAAGUGAAAAGAUCUCCAAGGCAGAGCCACAAGUCAAAAAAGAAGAGAAGUCAGAGCCACAAAUUAAAAAGGAAGCAAAAACAGCUCUACCUGACAAAGCUCAAACACACAAACAGGGCAAUUCCAAACCAGAGCAAGUUGUUCCUCGUGCUAAACCAGAGCAAAAAGUUCUCAAGCAGGUAAAAGCUAUCACAGCAGAGAAGACAGAAAAAGCCGAACCUCAAGAAAAAGAUCAUCAGUCUAUGACAACAGAUAAGCCUAAAUCAACUUCAAAGGGAACAUCAGAAGUCACAGACUCAGGGAAGAAGAAAGUUGAAAAAUCUGAAAAGGAAAAUAAAGUUCCCACAAGACAAGAAAAUCUUCAGGGCCACAAUGUGACUAAAGAAGAAAAACCUGCAAAGAUACCAAAAGAUUCCAAAGACACACCAGCUUCAAAGAAAGGCAAAGAAGAUUCCAAAGACACCAAAGACAUAUUAGCUUCAACUAAAGACAAAGAAGUAACUGAUGAUGUAUCUUCCCAAAAGAAGCAAAAAAAUCCCAUCAGUUUCUUUCAAUGUGUCUACUUGGAUGGAUACAAUGGCUAUGGAUUUCAGUUUCCUGUCACUCCUGCCCAACGUCCUGGAGAGAACUCUGGCAAACCAAACUCUCCCGGACAGAAGCAGCAAGGACAAUAGACACCCAUGUAUGACCCUGACAACUGCAUUGACCGUGUGAAAAGGAAUCACCUCUUUAGUCCAAAUGGUGGCGCAGGCAACUGAAACUAUCCAGUGCUGAAAUUUCUUUGUAAACAUUCUGCCCUUUUGCCUGGUAUAAAGAGAUGACACAGAUAAAGGGGCUGACUAAUAAGUAAAUGUGUUGGAGGGUCUAAUACUCAAGAAUAUUCAUGUGUGUCUAUUGCUGUGGGAAGGGUACUUACAUUUAGUGGUUUUUAUUCAUUGUUAAGAGUGUACAUUCAUUAUAGUUUACUUUGUAUUGGUCUUUUAAAUGUAAUUGGCACACUUACGAAGUGAAAUUUCUGGUUUCAAGUAGUUUUUAAAUGGAUAACAAACUGUGUUCUAGGCUUAAAUGGUACAGGAACAUAUACAAAAGUUGCUCUUCUGCAUCGUGUGAGUAAACUCAGUUUACUCAAAUACCUAUGUUUAUCAUUAUAUUCAUGUCUGUUUCUAGUUCAGUUGUGGCAAGGUUCUACAAUAGGAAUGGCUUACACCAGAGUGUUGUAAGUCCCUUGUCAUAUUCUUCAAAUAUCGGACAGAGAGGACGUGACAAAGAACAUAUGCUUGACAAAUCUUAUUUCUGAGGUUUGUCUUGAGCUCCAAUUAAGACAUUUUCUCCUAUGGACAUGUAGUUAAGCAUGUCUGGUAAAUUGUUUGUUUAAUGUCAGUCAAGGAGAUGUGAAAUUUUCACAUUUCUCCAGAUUGUGCCCCAGUGAGAACAUCACCUGGGUGAAGGUUUAGAUGAAUAAAUAUUCAUAGGUGACCAAGGCAAAUAGAAUGUAUUUCUCAAUACAUUCUUCCUGUAAAAAUUAAAUAUUUUCUUUUUCAAAUAAAAAUGAUACAAAAACU